AGACGGUAAAAUGAAAGGGUAGUUGGUCUUUACGGAGCAGGCGAGCCAGCUGUUAUCCAUGCACCACUCAACAAUCUGCUAUAGUACUAUUGACAGCUUUUCCCUGUCGAUCAUCGUCCCUUCGCUAUACUGGCACAUUUCACUAUAUAUUCUGAAAAGCCUUCUUCUUCUGGACUACUUGAGUGAGAAAUGGCUGACUCUCUGAACAUGUCGCUGGAUGAUAUUAUCAAGAAGAACAAACAACAACAAAAGGGCCGCCAUGGUGGACGUAACAAAGGUCACACCUCCGACGGCGAUGAAAAGCGGCGGCAUGUGCGAGUUUGUAGGACUAGAAUGACGCCUUACUCAAUGUCGCAGGAGCGAGACUUGAUGAAGAUGGCUGGAGGAGGGGAUCAUGUUCAUGGAACGAAGUUAUUUGUAUCUAACCUCGAUUACGGCGUCACCAACGAUGACAUCAGGCUGCUGUUUUCAGAUGUUGGUGAACUUAAAGAAUAUGCGCUGCAUUAUGAUAACAGCGGCAGAUCAAAGGGAACUGCAGAAGUGGUUUUCACAUAUGCGUCUGGUGCUUUAGCUGCUAUAAAGAGAUACAACAACAUACAGCUUGACGGUAGACCAAUGAAAAUUGAGGUGGUUGGGGUGAAUGCUCCAACUCAUCCAGUGCCUAUUUUUGCAUCAGCAAAUUUGCAAGCAAGUUUCCAGAGACCUGGAGGAGCAGCAUAUGGAAGGGCUCGUGUAGAAAGAAGCCAUCAUAAACCUGUCUCAGCUACAGUUUCAAAAAAGAAGAAACCUGUCUCAGCUGAAGAUCUUGAUGCUGAUUUGGACAAGUAUCAUUCUGAUGCUAUGCACAUUAACUAAUUUCUCAUCUUUUUUGUCCUAUGGCUCUGUUAUGCCAUGUUCUAACUUGAGCCUUUUGUCCUAGAUGGAGAAAACAUUGACAUCAUUUAAUAUUGUAGGGUACAUAAAUAGCUAAAUACCAGUUAUAUAAACUUAGCUCACUUUGUUUGGACGUAAUCUGGAUAUACUCCUCCUCACUAUUAUAUCAUCUUUGCAGGAGGAUUUAACAUAGCUCAUUUUAUGGUGAUUGUACAAGGUUUUUCUUGCAUUACA